CCGCGUUAACUCUACUCUAACUUCUACAAACUGAACUCAGACAUGUGCAAAUUCCAUGUCCCCGAACAGCAUGCAGCAAACGAUCGACAAUGCAUUGUCCUUGUGCACACGAUCAAUACAAGCCUCUGUAAGUCAAUUUUGAUCCUGUGAAAAUUAAACUUGAUCGUUAAAAGUAUAUGUGAGCUUCCAUUUAAUCCCUGUCUUAUUUGGACUUACGAGGGAUCUCCGCUUAUUCCGGACUUAACGUGGUAUUUCCGCUUAUUCUGGCGUCCAAUAUCCACGCCUUGCUCAGCCAUGAUACAUGGGGAGCGGCGCAUCAAGCACCGAGAGGUACCAACUUUAUUCCGCCCGGGAGCGCAUGUUUGAUUCAAAAUCCCCGUCGUGGACCCGAACCGUUAUGUUCUCCCAGAGGUACUACGCUGACGGUCUACAAACCCUGUCUAAAGGAUUCGCCAAAAUAAACAACAACACCAUCGUCAGAACUCGCGCCGGGAAUGGUGUAAGCGACGGAGCCAAAUGGAGCAGACCGUUUCGAAGAGGAAAACACGUGUUCGAAAUAGUUUUCCCGCGCCAAAUGCGCGGGAAACACGCAUCAGUUGGAAUUGGUUUGAAAAAAGCAGCUCUAGUCAGUGACUGUAACAAAACUUUGGUGGGGUCAGACGAACACUCGUGGGGCGUGGAUCUAGUGACCAAAGAGGUGUGCCACAACAAACAGAAGAUAGGGAAGUUCCCCGGAAUCCUGACGAGUCUCCCCGAUCGCUUCUACAUGUAUAUAGACAUGGAUGUGGGGAGCCUACUGUUCGGUCAAGAGGACAAGUUUUUCGGUGUGGCGCUGACCGAUGAACAUUUGGUCGGGAGCGUCGUGUAUCCUAUGGUGUCUGCUACACAGACGGGGGCCGCCAUUACUGUCGUGUACAGGGGCAAAGGUAAACAUAUUGAUGGCCCAAUUCGAAAGAAAAGAAGAUAAACGCAAAACAUACCUCGUAUAAUAAAGGAUCGCUAAAAUAUCUCUCAGGGAAGAUUUACAAACUCUAUUUAAAACACAAAUAUACAAAAGGUCCAAGUGGUAAAGAGCUUUAAUAAAGAAUCUAUGAAGAGAUAUCAAAUUGUUUACUGUCUGUAUACUGUUACUAUUUUCGUGUAUUAUUUUGUGUCCAUGCAUUAUACAUCAUGGAGAGAAUUGAUGGAACAUUAUUUUGUUUGUUGUAUACUUUUAUGAUUUUCGUGUUGUCGCGCAUUACAUC